AUGUGUGACACGGGCAAGCCGAGGAAGAAAAAGGAAAAAUUCCAGUACAACAAAUCGAUCAUGGCCGCCACCAGCGUGGUGGUGCUCGAUCGGGGCAACAAUACGACCUGCACCAUCAAUUUGCAUGGUGCAACUGUUGUGUCCUGGCGAGUUAACAAUCAGGAACAGCUGUUUGUGAGCAAACUGGCCGUGUUCGAUGGCAAAAAGGCAAUCCGUGGCGGCAUACCGUUCGUGUUCCCACAAUUUGGUCCUUGGAACUUUGGGCCACAGCACGGUUUCGCCCGCGUCGUCCGAUGGACUCUCGAGCGAGCCCCGGAACGGUUGCCAAGUGGCGACGUGGAAGCUGUCUUUAGCCUGAUGGACAACGAAAUAACCCGCUCAAUGUGGAACUAUCCAUUCCGCAUCACGUACCGGUUGAUCUUGCGUGAGAAGGAGCUACACUUUCACAUUGGCGUGUACAACCCGAGCAAAGAGAUGACAUUCUCGUUCAACCUGCUGCUGCACACCUACCUAAAGGUUCCAGACGUCCGUCGGUGCCAGAUCACAGGCCUACACGGCUGCACCUUUAUCGAUAAGACUCGAGACGGCGCCAUCUACCAGGAAGGCCGGGACGCGGUGACAAUCAACGAGUGGACGGAUCGGAUCUACCAGCACACACCCCAGGAGCACAUCAUCACGAACGUCGUGUCUGGGCGGAAGAUGCGCCUGCAGAAGUACAACUUCCCCGACACGGUCGUGUGGAAUCCGUGGAUGGAGAAGGCACGCGAGUGUCAGGACUUUGGCGAUGACGAAUAUCCGAACAUGAUCUGCGUUGAGGCGGGCCACGUUUCGACUCCGGUCAUCCUGCUGCCCGGUACCGCGUUCGAGGCGUCACAAAUACUUCAGGUUAUGUGAGUAGAAACCCCGGGAGGUACUGUGACCCGCAGUAAAGGUUCCUCCC